AUGUCCUUGACGCCAACCGACCUUCCUUCUCCCAGAAUCGAAAAGUACGGCAGAUACACGCUCUCUUCACAUAUUAUCCCCGCGCCCUGCCCUCGUCUCACGCCUCACGUUGACCAACCUGUCUUUGUCGACAGAACGAAGGCAUCUCAAGCGGUAGAGACAAUAAUAACAGGUCGACGCGAGAUCAUCAAAUACGGAACGCCAAACACACAUCGCCUCUGGAAUUGCGUCAACAGAUACGUCAGCGAUCGCGUCGGUCGAGGAUUGACGUUUGUGUUCGUUCCUGGAAAUGGGAUACCGAAGGAGACGUAUGAACCUGCAGUUCAACAUCUUAUAUCUGCUUCACCAGGGCUAGUUGACGAGGUAUGGAUGUGGGAAAGUGUCUUCCAGGGUGAUAGUGGAGUAAUGAAUGCUGGUAAACUAAGCGGCGCUUAUAAUUGGGAAGACGAUACGCGCGAUCUAAUGGAAUUUGUGAAACAUUAUCUCCCGCGCAAAAUUAGCCGGAAUCCUUUGCCAGACGACCUCUCUUCCAUACGCCUAGACGAGGCAGAGGCAGUGACCCGUGUUCGGAAUGGGUUCUCAUCGAGAAAGAUCGUCUUGGUGGGACAUUCCUAUGGUGGUUGCGUCUCUGCCCUCGCAGCACUUCAAUACCCUAAACUCUUCCAUUCCUUAAUCCUCGUCGACCCAAUAAUCGUACCCCCUCGUCAUUUCGAUAGUGGUGCCGGAAAGAAAUUGAUGACUUCGUUCAUGAAAGGAUCCUUGCUCCAACAAUCAACCUGGAUGAACUGGGUCGUCGCCGAAGAAUGUUUGCGGCAGUACAGACCUUACCGAAGCUGGGAUCCUGCGGCUUUUGACAGACUGAUAGACUACGGUCUGCAAGAGAAUGAGGGUAGGGGCGGCUCCCAGGUCCAACUGAAGACUUCGUCUAUCAACGCGACGGUUUUGUAUGCGGACCCCAUCACACCUUCAACGGUGUACAGCCUUCUGCACCAAUUGGACGCAGGUAUACAGCUGAACUGGGUCCUGCCUGAGAGCGGAGGGAUAAUCGGGCCUUCGAUUACGCAGAAAAUGAUAGGACUACGGUCCGUGAAUUCUAAAAGCAUGAAGAUACCCGGUACGAGUCAUUUUAUACCCCAGGAUAGACCAAAAGAUUUUGCCGACGCAAUAUUACUUCUAAUAGAUAACAGAGGUCAUGCAAUGGCCAGGCUUUAA